GAGAUCCAAGGGAGGAGAAUGUACUAGGCCAAAAUAAGUCCCCCUGAAAACGCAAUCAUGGGUGGCAGAAACAGAAGCUCAGCACGAACAAAUCCAAAGCUUUCGGUUACCCCACAAAAAAAAUAGUUAACCGAAGCCACUAUUUGUUGCUGCGAAUCCCUUCCACCCCCUUUGUUGUCUCUCUUUCUCUCUCUCUCUACUUCCCACUCUCUCUCUCUCUUUCUCUCUCUCUGAUCUGCGACCAGAUCUCGCUCCGAUUCCGCAAUGGCGAGCGCUGCCACUCCACGCGAAGAGUUCGUGUACAUGGCCAAGCUAGCGGAGCAAGCCGAGCGCUACGAGGAGAUGGUGGAGUUCAUGGAGAAGGUCUCCACCGCCGUCGAGAACGAGGAACUCAGUGUUGAAGAGAGGAACCUCCUCUCCGUCGCUUACAAAAACGUCAUCGGCGCGCGACGCGCUUCCUGGCGUAUAAUCUCCUCCAUCGAGCAGAAGGAGGAGAGUAGAGGCAACGAGGACCACGUCACCGUUAUCCGUGACUACCGAUCCAAGAUCGAAGGCGAACUCUCCAACAUCUGCGACGGAAUCCUCAAGCUCCUCGACUCGCGCCUCAUUCCUUCCGCUUCCGCCGGUGAUUCCAAGGUUUUCUACCUCAAGAUGAAAGGCGAUUACCACAGGUACCUCGCCGAGUUCAAGACCGGCGGCGACCGCAAAGAGGCUGCGGAGAGCACUCUCUCCGCCUACAAAUCCGCUCAGGACAUUGCGAAUUCUGAGCUGCCUCCGACGCAUCCUAUCAGGCUAGGUCUUGCUCUGAAUUUCUCUGUGUUCUACUAUGAGAUUCUGAACUCACCUGAUCGGGCUUGCAACCUUGCAAAACAGGCUUUUGAUGAGGCCAUUGCUGAAUUGGACACAUUGGGAGAGGAGUCGUACAAGGACAGCACUUUGAUCAUGCAACUUCUCCGUGAUAACCUCACCCUUUGGACCUCUGACAUGCAGGAUGACGGUGCAGAUGAAAUUAAAGAAGCUGCACCCAAAGGUGACGGUGAACAGCAGUAAAAUAUUAUACUACUAAUUAGUUAUUGAACUUCCCUUCUGUAAUGUUUUUAAAAGGAGAAGGUGCUGAUUGCUAAUCUCGAUGCUUCUGAGAUUUUGGGCAUUCAUGGUCUUUGUUAUGAAUUCUAGAUGUACUGGGCUUAUUUUAGUUUGUCCUUCCAUUUGUACUCGUUUCUGAAUUUCCCUCAUAUGCAAUUGGAAUAUUGAGAUUAUAUUCCCUUUACCAGACUUGAUGUCGCUGAUAUUUUUAGGAUGUGAAGGUGUGACCUUUAUUUGUAUUCGCCUUGAAGUAAGAAUUUUACCCGAUUUUAACGUGUUUUGUGAGGAUUGUCCACUUCAU